AUGGCCACUCUGGAGAAGCUGUUGAAUGAUUUAUUGAGUGACACGUCAGCUCUUUCUCAAGCAAUUGAGGCGGAUCCUCAAUUCAAGAGUUCGGAUUCAGUUCAUCCCAAACCAAAUUCAAAAUUACUCGAAGAAGUACUGAGAGAGGAUUCGGAUCUUACCAAAGAUUUAGCAAAAUACAAUCAGUAUAAAAUACUCUCUGAUUUACUCAAAGAGUUUAACACAAACUACGAACUCAACGAACUAGAAAACUGCUAUUAUUCAUUACAAAAUAUCCAUAAGAAGUUUAAAGAUGUCAACAUUUCUGGUGAGAGUUUUAGGUUCCAGCAAUCUGUUGCAACUUACAUCGACUGCCUUCAUUUGAACGUAUUAGAGAGGUUCAAGGAAGUAUCCAAUAUGUUUUACACCAUAUCUGGAAAUGAAAUGAUGUUCAAAAAGACGAUUGAAUUAGAUUCGGUUGAGUUUAACUUUGAUGAGAUGGUAGAGUUAUUUGAAAACAAUUUCUUUGAUCACAAUAUGAUUGAUCAAACGCAUUGGUUCAUUGCAAGUACCAAUUUAGAAACAUACAAGGAUAAAGAGAUUGUCCUUCUUCAAGAGAUUUUAGACGACACUGUUAAGUUGAACCCUCUUAUAAAGUUCUUUAAGGAAUUUGUCUUUGAUGAGAAAUGUAUCAUGGUAAGGGCAGAACCGGGGAAAUUAACACUUGCUACCUCAGAAUAUAAUUCGUUAGAUCAAAUUAAAAGCUACCAAACUUUGACAACUUUCAUUGAAAACGAUCUUAGUAAGCACGCAAAAGAAAGCGUUAUGAUUCACUUUGGGAACGUUCUGUUGACUGAGUUACUCAAAAUCAUUCGUGCAAACCCGGAAUUACUAUCAAACGAUAAAGAGCAAACAACAGAGAUUAUAUCCAGCAUUCAUGACUCGUUGACUAAGAUUUCAGAAGAAACUGAAUGGGCAUACGAUGGAUUUGAGCUUAACAGAAUUCUUAAGGACGAGAAUAUUUAUACUACCCUUAAGUUCGAGUCCAUGAUGCAACAGAGAGUAAUUCAAAUUCGUUCUAUCCCUGAAGAAGAGUAUCAUGAAUUAGUUUCAGUGCAGUUCAAGACAGAUGGUGGCAAAUAUGAGAAAGGUGAGAAACAGGAUCUUGAGCUGUCCGAAAAGAAAACAGAAAACGGCAAAGACACCGAAAGCUGGGGAUGGAAUGAAAAUCAAGAUAGUGAUGAGCAUGAUGGCUGGGAUGAAGAGCUAGACAUAGAUGUAGACAAUGUUCCUAUACAGGUAUCUGUAUUCGUCCAAUCUGCAGCGAAAGUAUUUACUGAAUUUGAACAAGGUUGCGAUACCAUAGGGCGUUCGAAAGUGGAAUCAAUAUACCUUUAUAAGUUCAACCUGCUACAAACGGCCUUUUUCGCUAUGGUCUCGGAAAAAGUCAAUGAUUGGACCCAGUUAUACAAGGAUGUCAGAUACCUAUAUACCGAGAAUCCAAAGUUACUGCAAUUGAUGGAAUUAAACUCCAGACGUUUGGACCUCAAUCUCAAUUUGAUCAAGAAGACCAUCUACAAAUUGGUAAAUGACCAAUUACAGGAGCUUAAGGACAAUGAGAGAACCCCAGACUGGGACAUUACCAUAUCUUCAUUACUUCCAUACCUUAAAAAAACUGCAUUACCCACGCUUUACAAGUUAGAAGACAAUACAAUACUUGUCGCUUUGAUAAGAUAUAUCGUACAUGAUUUGGUAAUAGACAAUAUCUUGCAUUGGAGAGUGAUCUCAGAGAAGAGCUCCGAAAAUUUAUCAGAAUUUAUCAUGCUCCUACUUUCUGGCCUAGAGAUCCCAAGACUCAACCUCAUCGAAACAUACCGCCAUUCUCGCGAAAAAUUGGGAAUACUAAGCAAGAUCCUUACCGCGCACCUCAAGGAUAUAUUAGAGAUGUUCUACGAGGGAGAGUUCUUUUUAUUCGAAACUGAUGAGAUCGUUCAAUGGAUCAUCCUUCUCUUCGCUGACACUCCAACAAGAAGAGACUGCAUCGAUGAAAUCAGAAGGGUAAGAGAAGAAGCUACCGAUUGA